CGGUAAACAUGGAGGCGGCGUGCAGACCCGCCGGCGACGAGCAGAGCCAGCAGGGCAUGGACGGCCCUGGGGACACCUCCAUGGACUGCUACCUGCGAUCUCAGGGCUUGUACAGAAAGAGAGUCGCCAAGGAUGGCUCUUGCCUUUUCCGGGCCGUGGCCGAGCAGGUGUUACACUCUCAGUCUCGGCACAUGGACGUUAGGAUGGCUUGUGUAGACUACCUUCGGAAAAAUAGGGAGAAGUUUGAAGCAUUCAUAGAGGGGCCAUUUGAAGAGUAUUUAAAAUGUUUGGAAAAUCCACAGGAAUGGGUUGGACAAGUAGAAAUAAGUGCUCUUUCUCUUAUGUACAAGAAAGAUUUCAUAAUAUACCGGGAACCAAAUGCUUCUCCUUCACAUGUAACUGAAAAUGGCUUUUCUGACAAGGUAUUGCUGUGCUUCUCAAAUGGAAACCACUAUGAUAUUGUUUAUCCCAUAGAGUAUUCAGAAAAGGCUGCUCUGUGCCAGUCUCUGCUGUAUGAGUUGCUUUAUGAGAAAGUAUUUGAUACAGAUGUGAAGAAAAUCAUAGCAGAACUUAGUGCUGUUGGUGCAACAGAUGACAGUAAUGGCAGCAGUGAAGUAUCUGCUUCAGAUUCAGAAGAUGACAACUGCAGAAGUAAAGCUGCAGCAGUUAGUGAUAUGAAUGGGUUGAAGUCUCUUGCUGACAACAAGCACCUUAAGAACAAUGGGAAUCCGACCUUGUUGGUCUUACCUAAAAAAGUUCUGAAAUCACUCAAUCCAUCAGUUUACAGAAAUGUUGAAUAUGAUGUCUGGCUCCAAUCGAAGCUGGAUCAGCAAAAGCAGGAUUUUUCUAUUGCUGCUGGCAUGCAAUACUCUGUUGGAGACAAAUGUAAAGUGCGCUUAGACCAUAAUGGGAAAUUUUAUAAUGCCCAUAUUCAAGAAGUCUGUUCAGAGAACGGGCCAGUUGUUGUGUUUGUAGAAGAGCUUGGAGCAAAGCAUGCUGUCUCACUGAAGAGCCUUAAACCUCUUCCACAGGCCUCUCCUAUGGAGGGCUGGAACACUGUGCCAGGGAAGAAGAUAAAAAAGUUUUUCCCAACCUGGGGGCAGAAUGCUCAGCCCGAUGCAGAUUGUAGAGGGCCAAAGAAUCAGAGCAAGUCAAUAAAACCCCAGCCAGCACUACCUCCUCGACUUCAGCAUACUGUGGGAACCAGGCAGCAUCAGUUCUCGUGUUCUGGACCCCAACCUCAUCAGACCUCAACGGAGCAAAAAGCUUCAGGCAGGAAUCCUUCCCAAACCAUAAGAAAAUCAGAGCGGGAGAGAAGCGAGGAGCCGAACCAUGGCAGCAGAGACUGUAACUACUUUGGCCUGUCCCCAGAGGAACGCAGGGAGAAACAAGCUAUAGAAGAAUCUCGUUCACUCUAUGAGAUCCAGCAGAGGGAUGAACAAGCUUUCCCUGCUCUUUCUAAUAAUCAGUCAGUCUGUCAGGCUGCUACACAGACUGUGGAUAAUUUAAACCAGAAAAAACUCUCAAAUAAUGAGAGAAGAAAUAGCAAGUGGACAGCAGAGAUGGAAGAGCAGAAGGAAAAAGAGUCAAAUUCCAGGCAGAUCCACUUAAGUCAGAAGCUUGAGCCAAAUUCAUCUGAGAAGAGUAGUCAAGAUGAGAAUUAUCCAAAAGCUUCAUCUCCUGUGGAACAAGUGAAAACAGAAUCUCCUCCAGUUCUUGCUGAGCAAAACUUGACAGAGUGCUUACCAAGUGUAACUCCAACACCCUCACCAGUCUUCUCUGAGGUGCAUUUACCUCCAGCAGUGCCUUCUGUACCAGCCAUUGUGCCAGCUUGGCCAAGUGAGCCAGCAACUUACGGACCAGCAGGUAUUCCAGCUCAAAUACCUGCUUCUUCAUUGAUGCCAGCCCCAGCAGCAGGACCUGACUCUCUUGUGUCACAGGCCCAGGUAACAUCUGCUCCAGUUGCUGGAGUUCCUGUGUCACUACAAGCAGUUAACCAGCCUGUAAUGCCUUUGCCUCAGACUCUGAAUCCUUAUCAGGAUCCACUAUACCCUGGAUUCCCUCUUAGUGAAAAGGGAGAAAGAGCCAUUGCACCCUCUUACUCCCUGUGCAAUACUGGGGAAGACUUGCCUAAAGAUAAGAACAUUCUUAGAUUUUUCUUCAAUCUUGGUGUGAAGGCAUACAGUUGUCCCAUGUGGGCACCCCAUUCCUACUUGUACCCCCUGCACCAGGCCUAUUUAGCUGCUUGCAGGAUGUACCCGAACGUGUCCCUUCCCAUGUACCCACACAACGCCUGGUUCCAGGAGGCUCCGGCUCAGAGUGACAGCGAAACUGCACGGACAAACAGGCACUUCCCUGUUCCCAGCGAGGCCAGACCCAACGGUCAGAUCCCACAGAUUGACAGCAGAGCUGCAUCACUGCCUCUGAUGAUACCUACAGCUCAGGUGUCGGAAAGUCAAGGACAGGUCUGUGUGGAAUCGGAGAAUCCAGUGCAAGCUCUUCAUGCCAACUAUGAGGAGUCCCUGAGAGGAAAAAAUAUGUUCCCACAGACCCCCUUUGGACACAAUCACUUUUUAGGAGCUGUUCCAAUAGCACCUCCUUUCUUCCCUCACUUUUGGUAUGGGUACCCAGUUCAGGGCUUCAUUGACAAUUCAGCAGCAAGACCUAAUGUAGUCCUGUCACCUGAGGACAAAGAGGCAGCAGCUAACACUGUGGUGAACAUGUAUGUGGCGAAAGAAUGUGCCCCUCCGGUUCCUGUGGUGAACUGUGCAGAGCAGCCUCAGAAGGUUGGCAGCAGCUCAAACAUAAUGCCUUUCCCUGUGGCUGGAGCAAGCAGUGAAUGCAGCGCCCUGAAAGAAGCUUCAGCCAGGGCACCCCAGUUGGAGCAGACUUGCCCUUCGGCUUCUCCUGCUAAGCAAAAACCAGCUGGACAGCAGAAUCGUUCUCCACUAACACAGGGGACCGAGAAGCAGACAGCAGUGCCCAACACUCCACCGCUGGCAGCAGAGCCACCUAGAAAUGAACUGAAACACAGUGUUUGCAGUCGUAAGGAGAAGACUGACAGAAGCAGAGAUGGCAGGGGCACGGGUGGGCUGCAGGCAGAGAGCAGGGUGCAGAGAGCUCGGGAGGAGAGCUCAGAAGAUGAGAGCGAAGUCUCAGAUAUGCUGAGGAGUGGCAGAUCCAAGCAGUUCUACAACCAGACUUAUGGAGGAGGCAGAAGGCCUAGACUUGAGUGGGGCUAUUCCAGUAGGGGAGGGUAUCAGUUCCAAAGGAAUGAGGAGGCCUGGAAAGGACCACCCAGCAGAACCAGAGAUGAUGGCCACCAGUACCAGCGAAACUUUAGAGGGAGGCCAUACAGGAAUGACAGACGAAGGGCAACACUGGGAGAUAAUCAGAGGGGGAAUCAAGCAUAGAAUGGAGGGAUAAUGGAAACUUUUAAAAUACAGGAAAUCAUUUGAAGUAGCAGUUUAAAAUGUUCAGUCUUUUUUUAGUAAUGUUCAUGGCUAUGUUUAACUUUUGGCGAGUAAAGACUAAGAGGAUGUGAGCGCCUGCCCUCUGGUUUGGAGGAUUCUAGAGUUUGUUUGACUUAGUGUUUUUCCUCAUUGUCAAAUUAGAAAAAAAAAACAAUAGAGGUUUAGUGUUUGGUAAUGUUUGGGUUUUCCCCCCUCAAAGGUUUUGAGUUUGUGAUAGAGGAUGGAGAUGUCCAUUUCCUAGUGACAAAUUAGAGCAUCUGACGUGAUCUAGGUUCUGAAGUCGACAGUGACACUGCACCAAAUCCAAACGUGUAUCUUAUCAUCCAAUGCCUUAGUUCUGAACUGAGCUAAAGGGAUUCUCAGCCUACUGCACUGUUGUCUUUGAUACGCUUCCAACCCAAAGGCCUUUCAUCUCAAAACAAUCUGUCAGACUUGAAUGUUUCUCUCCAGUGCGUUACACGUACAGCAGCCAGCUAACCCUGUGUCUUAGGGAUGUUGUAUAUAGUUGUUUUAAUAUUCAUAGGGUCUAUUUUUUAAUUAAAAAAAAAAGCAUUUAUUUGUUGAAAUCAAGAUCAAGACAAGCAGUCAGGAAUAGCUUGUGUAAAUGGAUUAGAAUGGCUGUUUCCACCAAGAGUUCUUAAUGCUGGUGUGACUAGAAUGGUGCCUAUGCCAACUAAAUAAUAACAAAGACAAUACAAAUGUAGAUGCUAUGCAUUUCCAAAAGAAUUCUGCAGCUGUUAUAAUAGCAGAAGUUUUUUUAAUGCCACUUUAACACUAAUGCACUGACAAAUCCUAAAUACUUUGUGAGGAGAGAUGCAUAAAGUACCUGUUACAUGUUUUUAAGCGUGUAUGAUUGAGCUACUGUUCAGUAUUCUUUUGGUGUUGCACUGUUGAUGCAAAUUUGCGUUUUGCAUGUACAAGUCCUUGCUGGAACUACUUUUAAAAUCCAGAUGGAGCGUCCUGGUGUGCUCUGCUCUUCCCUACACUUCAGAAGAAAGUGGCUUCUGCCUUAUAUUUUUACACUGUGUCAGCGUUCUGCUGCUGUUUCUUCUGCCCCUGACAAUGAUCUCUGCAGUGUUCCUGUUGCCUUUGCAGUUUGGAUGUUGAGCUGUCAGGAGACGGACAUUCACUCAGCUCUGCUGCCAGAGGAACUGCUGUGUAUAUUUUGAUACCUCUGUACAUACUGGUGUAGGUGAUGGUACCCUGCCCCUUCUGUCCCAGACUUGUCUGCCCCUGGUCAGGAAACUUGAGUGUUAGUUACGUGAUGAAGAAUUUCUUUCCAGCUGCAUGCCAUGUAUAAA